CGCUGUGCGAUUCUGUUGACGAGGCUGCUCGACGCCGGGGUCAUCGACCUGGUCUGCGAUCCGCUCGAGGUGAUUGACGAGGUCGGCCUCUUCAGCGUGCCCAAGAAGAGCGGGGGGCAGUGCCUCGUCGUGGACGCCAGCUCCCCGGCGGUCCUGUGGGCGGCCCCGGCGGACGUCGCGGGCGCCUUCUACCGCGUGGGGCUGCCGCUGGCCUGGUGGCCGUACUUUGCCUUGUUGUCCACCGACGAGUGGCGGCUGGGGCGCUCCGCGGGCGCGGCGUCGGCCGGGUCUCGGAAGUUCUUGCCGAGGCUCGCGCUCAUGCCUGCGGGCUGGGCCCGCGCGCUGGCCUUGCGCCAGCGGGUGGCCGAGUCGGCCGCAGACUGGGCGGGGCUUGCGCGCGCCGCGAGGAUCGUGGACCGCCCGAUGAUCUGCCCGGACAUGGGGGGCAGGAGCCACCUCGAGUACGUCGAGAGCUUCGCCGCGCUCACGCUGGGCGCCGCCGCCGCGCAGCGCUUCAAGGACGACGUGGUCAGGCAGCUGCG